AUGGAGGAUUCCGUCGUACGGAACAUCUCUAUUCAUGAUAUCCUCAACAGCAAGUCUAGUCUCCCGUUCACAACCAGAUCAGCCUGGCGACAGAUCCAACACGACUGUCCCGACCUUCGUAGAGUACACGCCCACCUUAAUCAGGGAACACGCCCGUCCAAGAAGCUUACUAAUAUUCGGGAUGUUAAGCGCUAUCUCAGUUCUGUUUCUAUUGCUAGUGACGGACUUCUUGUGGUCAAGCACACUCAGUCGUUCGUUCCUGUGGCGGAAGCAAUCGUUGUCCCGAGGUCCGUCCUGGACGGCCUUCUUACCGCCCUUCAUAUCAAACUCAACCAUCCAACCCGCCAUCAGUUUCAAACGGUACUCCAACGCCAGUUCUUCGCUCUGGACAUGAAUGAUGCCAUCUCUCGCGUAACAUCUGCCUGCCACACUUGCGCCUCCCUGAAGUCGUUUCCAAGCUCCUUGGUCAAGCAGUCGUCUGACGACCCCCCAGAGGUCGUAGGCGUCUCCUUCGCUGCCGAAGUAACCAAACGCUACCGUCAGCUGAUCCUAGCACUGCGAGAAUGCACCACGUCCUUCACUGCUUCCUGCUUGGUACAUGACGAGAAACACGAUACCCUCCGUGACGCCCUCACACAGCUAAUUGUCGGUCUCCACCCACUUGACGGCCCAAGAGUAAUUAUACGUGUAGAUCCCUCCCCCGGCUUUCAGUCCAUGGCCAACAAUGACUCUCUCAACCACCUGAACGUCACAAUCGAUGUCGGUCGCGUUAAGAACAAAAACAAGAACCCAGUCGCUGAGAAGGCUGUCCGUGAACUUGAGGAAGAGCUCAUCAGACAAGAGCCCGGUGGCAGACCAGUAAGUGCAGUUGGUCUUGCUCUCGCCACUGGCCGUCUUAACUCCCGUCUUCGCCUUCCUGCCCUAUCAUCUCGCGAGUUGUGGACUCAACGCAAUCAGUUCACCCACGAACAGUUGCCGUUGUCUGAUUACGACCUCAUACUUGGUAAACACGAGCAACGUUCCACUAACCUUGCCUCCAGUGAGAAGUCUAAGAACCCCCGCGGUCUUGUUCCAAACACGCCUUCACUACAGGUUGGCGACAUUGUAUGCCUCAUUUCCGAUAAGGACAAGUCUCGCGCGCAUGAUCGCUAUAUUGUGGUUUCCAUCGACUUCCCUUGGUGCUUCGUUAAGACGUUCAGUGGUUCACAACUGAGGGCCACCUCCUACAAAGUCAAGUUGUCCGAGUGUUACGCUACUUCUCCCUCCGUUAUGGUGGCCGAUCAUUCUGGUCCUCCGGCUUCUCAAGACCAGGAUGAUGAGCCUUCUCCGGUAACCCCCGCUGUGCCUGCUGCCUCAGUAUUACCAGAGUCACCUCCUCCCGCGCCGCCUGAGCUUACCUCGGUACCG